UAAGCAAACGUCGUGAUGUUUGUGAACGCCUCCCCCAGGCCAUUAGCCGCCACGCGCAUCCAGGUGUGCGGACAACCUCAAGGCGGAAGUGAGUGUUCAGUCAAGAAGACGGUGAUCCAGUUCGUCGCCAAGCACACGAUGUCUAACAAUGGCGAGACGCGCUACUGCCACAGAAUCUCCUACAUAUUCCUCAAAUUCUUACUUUUUUCCUACGCCGUCAUUUGGUCGCUUAUCGGCGGCUGCAUAUUGGGGAUAGGUAUUUAUGCUGAGGUGGAGAGGCAGCGCUACAAGACACUGGAGGGGGUGUUUCUGGCCCCUGCUCUGUUCCUUAUCCUCCUGGGAAUAGUUAUGUUUGUGGUUUCCUUCAUAGGAGUAUUGGCAUCAUUAAGGGACAAUCUAGUUCUCCUCAAGGUGUUCAUGUACACACUGACAGUGUGUCUUAUCCUGGAACUGCUGGGGGGAAUCCUAGCACUAAUUUUCCAAAACCAGACGGUGGAUUUACUGAACAAGAACAUACGAAGAGGCAUAGUCAACUACUACGAUGACUUAGACUUCAAAAACAUCAUGGACUACGUUCAGAGGAAGUUUAAGUGCUGCGGCGGCCAAGACUAUACAGACUGGUCAGUCAACAUGUAUCACAACUGUUCUUCAAAAUCAAAGGGGCCACUGUCCUGUGGAGUCCCAUAUACCUGCUGCAUUUCUGAUCCCACUGAAGUAGCAAACACGUUGUGUGGACACAAGGUGCUGGAAAAAGAGCGUUUGGACCUGAUUGAUGAAGUCUACAUCAGAGGCUGCACCGACGCCUUCUUCAUCUGGCUCACGGACAACUAUAAGAUCAUAGCGAUACUAUUACUGGGGAUCCUACUACCUCAGUUAUUUGGCGUAGUCAUCAGCUGGUUGUACAUCACUCGAGUGGAGGACGCCAUUAGCGAGUACGGCCAUUACACGGAUGGCCUUCUGGCCAUGAACAGGAGCGGAGCCAAGAAGCAGGGCCACAUGUCCAAGUGGUUCAUGUGUAUGCCUGAGAUCGACUGAUGAAGAACAGCAAACUGACAGCCGAAGCUCGGUUGUAUGAUCUCAGUCAGGCAAAUAUCAUCUCAGACGUCUGUAGAAGGGAUCUCUUCUGAGCUCCGUUUAGGUGCUCUCAGCUGCUUUGUGCUCAGGGCCAACCACCAUGAAGUGACAUGCUAAACAAAUCAAUACUACUUAAACCACCCCCACCCCCAUCUGUUGCUAUACAUUGCACUCUAUUGGAUGAUAAUACUGUUAAAUGCUGCAGUGCCAUGAUGAAAAUGGAAAAGUAAGUGUACUUUAUCAAAGAGAAUUAUGUACACAUUUUGUUUUGCACUCGACUGAUCUUACUAUAACGUGCCUUUUAACAUUAAGUGAAGUCCUUUUAAGGAAAGUGGGUAGUCCAAUCUAACUCCCAGCACAUCGUGAUUAAACUUUUUGCCAAAUAUUAUUUAUGCAGUAGUUACCUUGUUUCCACACAGCACUCUUGUACAGCAUGAGUUGAUUGUAAUACUUCACUUUCAAUUCAUUCAUCUCAAUCUGUUUUUUGUAUACAGUAGAUCCCCGCUAGCGUGAGUAAUUGAUAACUAAUAAAACUUGGAUUAUGAUGCUGCAUCUUAGCGUCACCAUUAGGGAUGUUGGCUCGCUACCCCCCUCCAAACCUCCAGCUACUCUCACGAUCUCCAAUUUUGGAUCAACACUUGCAAUUAAAGUGACGGUUGUAACUUAUAGAUGUGAUUCCUCUUUAAAUUCAUCCCCAUCUCCCUUAAAUUGCCAUUGUUCGCUCAAGACCAAGGAAUCUAACAAGCUAAAGGCAUAGAAGCUAAAUUAAAUUCCAGGUUUAAGUCCUAAAACGUGCCUCACACACGUAUUAAACAUAUUUUAAACUAUACAUGAAACAUUUUAAAUUCCGGCUGUCAGAGAAGGUGUUUCUCCAAACUGUCUGUUAAUUCCAGUAAGGACUUACGAUCAUGUGUGUUCUCACCUCGCUGCAAGUUGUGAGACUGCAUUUUUUGGGAUGCAAGUGCUGCGGGAAGCUACUGUAAUUUGGAUAAAACUGUGAUGUAGGAUGUGAUUUUACCGAUGAUUUUGGCUGUAUGAAAUGAAUAAAGUUUGAUUUUGAUGUUU